AAUAGCGGAUGCUGCUGGGAGCUUCCCCCGCCACCGCACCCAUCAGAGGAGAGGAGUGGGCUGGGUGGAAUCCCUUCUCUUAUACCUAGGCGUUGUUACCAAAGAGACCGCUCCUCCUGGUUAGAAUAGACAGAGCUGCUCACCGGUUCCUCGAAAGACUAUCAAAAGACUUGAUUGCAUUUUGGGCAGACAUGGGCUGGGGUGUAGCUGUGUUGCUUUUGGAAAUUCGUUGCUGAGUUAGCUUGCUGGCUGUUCUCAUUUCUAAGACGUUAUGGCUAAGCAGUAUGAUGUGCUCUUCCGACUCCUGCUUCUCGGAGAUUCGGGGGUUGGAAAAACAUGUUUAUUAUGCAGAUUCACGGACAACGAAUUUCACCCGUCUCACAUUUCCACAAUCGGAGUCGAUUUCAAAAUGAAGACGCUAGAGAUAGAUGGCAUCAAAGUGCGGAUACAGAUUUGGGACACAGCAGGACAGGAGAGAUAUCAGACCAUCACUAAGCAGUACUACAGACGAGCACAGGGAAUCUUCCUGGUUUACGACAUCACAAGUGAGCGAUCCUUCCAGCACAUCAUGAAGUGGGCCAGCGAUGUGGACGAGUAUGCUCCUGAUAACAUCCAGAGGAUCCUCAUAGGGAACAAGUCAGACGAGGAGGAGAAGAGACAGGUUGCUACAGGACAGGGCAACAAGCUGGCCAAUGAUUAUGGGAUGGACUUCUUUGAGACAAGUGCCUCCACCAACUAUAACAUCACAGAGUCCUUCACACGAUUGGCUGAGCAGGUCCUGGCAGCCAAUAAGAAGGACCUGGACCUCCUAAGGGCGUCGGUCACAGACGAGCUCAACCUCGCCGCCCUGGAGGAGGAGGAGGGCAUCACAGACGGGGCCGCCGCCUCACAGAAGGGCUGCUGGUGUUAAGGGCUGGGCCUGGUCAAAAGUAGUGCACUAUGUAGGGUAUACGGUGAGAAAAGUAGUGCACUAUGUAGGGAAUAGGGUGAAAAAUAAGUAGUGCACUAUGUAGGGAAUAGGGUGAAAAAUAAGUAGUGCCCUAUGUAGGGAAUAGGGUGAGAAAAGUAGUGCCCUAUGUAGGGAAUUAGCGUGCCACUUCUUAUGUAAGGACUGGAUCUGGAUGCGUCUCAAAACACACCCUAUUCCCUAUGCGAGAUCUGGUUUAAAGUAGUGCACUUUGUAGGGAAUAGGGUGGAGGGUGACACUUCUCUUCUUCAUGUUAGAACCUGAUUAACGUAGCCAUCAUAGGUGGUGUACUGGCAUUUGAUAGGUUUUUUAAAAUGUAUUUUUCAUUGUAGUUGUUAGAUUUUGCCACAAGAGGGUGCUGCUGAUACAUGCUGCGUUAUAUACAAAGCUUUCAGUAUUUAGAGUACACCGCAGGGCUGUUGAUAAAGUGGUCACGACCCAUUACACUGUUCUACUGUAAUGCAUCUCCAAUGAUCCACCGUUCCCCUUUAUAGUACACUGCUCGGCUAAGCUCAGACCUACUGCGCCAUAGGGAAUACACUGUUUGUGGUACAGACAAUGUUCCAUUUAGUUCCAGCCUCGUCAUUUUGUUUCUUGAGGCAACUUUCAAUGACAAUGUACAUAAAUAAUACUCCUAGUUUAAUUGAACGUAAUUACCAUUACAGGCCUGUAUAAAGUGUUGACAUUUUUGAUGGUCUUAAAAUAUUCCCUCUGUGAUUCUAUCUACGAUGACGUAUUUUGUUUUCUUCUGUCAUGUUGUCCAGACUAGCAAACGGACCAGCGAGAGAUCUGCAUUGCGUCCACACUUUUUAUUUCAUUUUCUUGCAACUUCAAUGAAGUUAAUUAUUCAAACUGGUCAUUUAUUAAACAACUUAAUUAAAAGCAUU